AUGCGUGAGUGGGAGUUUAUGGCUCUCAGAGGAACUACGCCAGCUUCGCGCCUCAUACGACGGCAGGUGUGUAAACAGCUGCCUCCCAUCGCGGCCAGACAUUUGAGAGUUGCGGAUGAGUUUUGGAGCAAGCAGUAUGCGGACAAGAGCCGUGCCGUGCUGGUGGUGGUCAAGGAACGCCUCAUGCAGACCAGGGAUGCAGACUCUCUCCCCAACGGACUGGUCACACAGCUGCUACGUAAGGCCGACCUUAAUCAGGAUGGCUAUCUUAAUUUCGAGGAGUUCAUGGCCUUUGCAGAAGCAUCGGCAAUGGAAUCGCGGGCGCGCCUGGCAUUCAACCGCGCAGCCUUGAGCGUGGUACCUCGUGGGGAACGCACAGUGGAGAAGAGGAGCUACCUGCAGGAGUACAAGUGCUGCCCGCCCGCACUCUUCAUGGUGACGGCGGCGCUGGUGGAGAUCGGUGUCUUCAUAUUCUACGUGUACGACAUGGGGAAGCCUAUCACCGCCACUGGCCCGGCGCCGCUCUACAGUGAACUGAUCUACAACCCUUACCGGCGAUACGAGGCCUGGCGCUACGUCAGCUACGCCCUCAUACACUCUGGCUACAUGCACCUGACGAUGAACCUGGUGAUGCAGACGGUCCUGGGGCUGCUGCUGGAGUUGGUGCACGGCUGGUGGCGGGUCGGGCUUAUCUACAUGUCUGGCGUGCUGGCGGGCUCCCUCUCCCAGUCCCUCGCCAUGCCCCGGGCCUACCUUGCCGGGGCAUCAGGCGGAGUGUAUGCCAUCGUUUACGCUCACUUGGGGAAUCUAUUGUUGAACUGGUCCGAGAUGGAGUUCCGUUGGCUGCAGCUCGUGGUGUGUCUCGGCCUCUCCAUCGGGGACGUCUCCAUGGCUCUCUGGGACACCUACGGCAGUUCCACGCCCUCCAACACUGGGCACCUGGCUCAUCUAGGAGGCGCCGUGGCAGGGGUGCUGGUGGGGGUCUACACACUGAGGAACCUGAAGAAGAGGCGGUGGGAGAAGUACUGCUGGUGGGUGGCGCUGGUCCUCUACUUCCUCCUGAUCGGCACUGGUAUAAUCCUCAAUGCCACUCUGCCUGAUUACUUUCCACAAAGCGAGCGAUGAGAUAUUUUAAGAGGGGGGUUUUGUGUGUGUGUGUGUGUGUGUGUGUGUGUGUGUGUGUGUGUGUGUGUGUGUGUGUGUGUGUGUGUGUGUGUGUGUGUGUGUGUGUGUGUUGUGAUACGUAGAUAAUUUGUACUAAGAGAGAGAAAAUAUUAGCAUAGUUAAUAGUUGUGAUAAGAUUAUAAUUAUAGUACAUGCGCACGGACACACACACACACACACACACACACACACACACACACACACACACACACCACAA